CGCCUGGUUUCCUUGAUGGGCAUAAAAGCACAAUCGCAAUCUGAUGGAGAGUCCCUCCCCAGCAUCCUUGUAGCCCCCUUCAGACACCGGACGCUGCUCUGAGGUCUCCACGCAGCUUCUCUUCUCCAGGCUCAACAGCCCCAACAUGUCCCUGUGGAUGUCACAGACCGCCGGGAUGAGCGGGGAGGCUGCGGGGAGCCCCCGGGGUGCAGCGGGGCAGGGAGCGGCGCAGGGGCAGAGCUGGGGCCCGGGGUGCGCGGGGCGGGGGCCGGUGGCGGGGCCGGGCCGGGCCGCACAUUCCGGGCAGGCGCACUGGGCGGCGGCGGCAGCCGGUCGGAGCCAUGGAGGCGGCGGGGCCGCAGCCGGGGCCGGUCGCUGCGGCGGGGCCGGAGCCGGGGGCCGAGGAGAUCGACAUGUCCCUGGAUGACAUUAUAAAACGUCACCGAAAAGAGCAGACGGACACCAGUGCCGUGGGGGACGGGCGAAGGCAGCAGGUCAAGACCAGGAACUCGGUGUACGGGUACGGGCGGCCCCGCUUCCGUGCCUGGAUGCAGAGGAAUUUGCAAGGACCUGCCCGUUUUAGAAGAGGGUUUGGACAACAACAAUUCAACCGGAGACAAUUCAGGAAUGCUGUGCCCGGUCCCAGGAGAAGAGCAGCUGCUGCAUUGAAUGGAGUGAGCCCUUUAAAUCGCCAGGCAUCGGCUCCAGAGGGCAACACGAACAACGACUCUUUCUCCAAGAGCAGCAGCAGCAGCACCGUGCAGGCAGAGGGACAGCGACGGCCACCCCCAGGCCCCAGGAGGUUCAGAGCAGCCGCUGCCAGUGCCCAGGCCGCAGGGAGAAGCAGACCUUUCCGGCUGAACAGGGCACCAGCCUUCCAGCAGAAGCGGAUGCAGCAGCGGUUUCUCAAAGCCAAAUUUCAGAGAGGGCAGAUGGAUGCUGAUGGCGACAGGAAACCCCCGCGGAUGAGAAGGUGGCAAGUGAAACCCAGCCCUGGAGCAGUUCUGACGGUGUCUGUGGCCAAUCCCCAGGCAGGCCAGGCCGGCCCGCCCGGAUCCAAGCGCCCGUUCCUGCGCAGCCGGAGGCCGCCGCCACGGGCAGCCAAGCCCCAGCCCAAGGGGGUGCUGCUGAGGUUCAACUUCCGCGCCAUGGCCAACCAGGUAGAGGAUGGUCGACGGGACAGGCGGCACCCUGCACCCUGCAGCAGCCCUGCCGCUAACCUGGUCACGCCAUGCUCAGACCAGCCUGACGCUGGAUGAGAGGUUCUCUGGUCUGAGGAAUAAGAGGCGCUUUACAGCAGCCAGGAGCGCCGGCCGGACGGUCACCAUGCCCUAGCACCGCUCCUCAGGGACUGCCCUCACAGUCCAGGCCCCGUAACGGGCAGCUCAAUAAAGCUCAAUAGAUUUAUUUCCUCUAAGAUAGCUACUUUGGCAACGCGCUGUCUCCUUCCUUACACGCAGGGCGAAUGAGCGAGUGAGGGCAGGUACGAGGCAGGAUGAGAGCUGGGGCCGGAGCACAGGAGCGGGGUGAUGGAUGGGGACGAGUGGAGGUGGAUUCGCUCUGCUGCAGAUCCACAGGGCUGCCACCAGCCCUGUCACCCUGUGCUGCCCUGCAAGAAGGAACAGGGACCAGCUCCAAGCCAUACCCAUGGAGCUUUCCCUGUGUUGUUCCAUGGGUGGGAAGGAUUGAGGGCACAGCCUGCCCGCACUGGGUUCAGAGCAGGCAGCAGAGCACGGAGGGAGGUGCCGCAGCAGUGGCACCAGUGGGAUGCCCCAGCUGCCGCAUUCCCCAGCAUCCACCUCAUCGCCCAGUUUGUUCCCUGUGCUGGAGGCGUGCUGUGUCAGACCCUCCAUCCUGAACACGUCUCGCUCUGCCCCGACGGUCAGGCCUGAGCACCUUGUGUUUCUCUUUGGUUUGCUGUGCUGUGGUGGCCGCUGCUGCGGCCCGGUUGCAGGGAUGGGGUGGGACAUGCGGUGCUGCCGGGGGGACUGUCCUCGGCAUGGAGCACACACAGGCUGCCCCGGCCCCAGGCAGGUUUUCCAGUAGUUGUGCAUUAGGGAUUUGGUAGGUGCAGCUCCACCCGUGCUGAAAGCACCAGCACGAUCAAACCAGCAGCUGCCGGAGGGACACAGGGCUGCCAGCACCCGGAAACAUGGGCUGAGAUGUUAAUCGUCGUUAACCAUGUCCUGCGCCAACCAUGAGUCACGGAUCCAUUCUCCAGCCACUGCUGCAACCCAGCACCAAACACUGGACACAGCCUGGCGCUGGGCUCGGAGCUACACUCGUUAAAGUAAAUACUUGAUAGGCUGCUUUACAUGUUACACCAGGCGUCUAACAGGAGACUGGGCUUGGCUGGUUCAUAGCAAUGUGUGAGAUGCUGUUAGUGACAAAGCGGCCAUGUACGAGUCCAAUGCACUGAAUAAAACACUAACCUGUUCAA